CAGGCCUGAUGUGAGAACAUUAUUUCAAUUUUGAAAGUCAGCGGAACCCUCCUGAGAGGAAAUUAACAAUGGAAGUGGACUAUAUCACACCAGAACUGCCAGCUGUGUUUGAUGGAGUGAAACUGGCAGCUGUUGCAGCAGCUCUUUAUGUCAUCGUCCGAUGUCUAGACCUCAACAGUCCAACUGCUACCCCAGUGCUUACUUUCAGGGACAAUGCACUGUCACGCUUCCUCCUAAAAUCAUGCCCGCUGUUGACCAAAGAGUGAGCUCAGUUUUAUAUACCCCCACUAUUAACUGGGAAAACUACUCAUGUACCAACUCUUUUGCUCAACAAAAGUGGAAAAAUAAGCUGUUCGCAAGUGCCGGUCGGUCAGAACCAGAGAUUACUACUACCGAAUACUUCUACUACUACCGAAGACUUCUAAAAAGCUAAGUACCCCCAUGCAUGUGGCAAUGAUGUCACAAUUGUCAUUUGCCCUGGCAUAGCCAAUCACAGUGAAAAACAGUAUAUUCGUACGUUUGUUGAUUAUGCUCAGAAGAAUGGCUACCGAUGUGCAGUACUGAACCACCUGGGAGCACUGCCUAACAUUAAACUCACAGCUCCACGCAUGUUCACAUAUGGCUGUACAUGGGAGUUUGGCGCCAUGGUUAAUUACAUCAAGAAAACCUUGCCUGAAUCUCAGCUUGUUGUAGUGGGAUUUAGCCUUGGUGGCAACAUUGUCUGCAAGUACUUAGGAGAGUCCGAGUUGAACCAAGAAAGGGUUUCAUGUUGUGUUAGCCUCUGCCAAGGAUACUGUGCAUUAAGGGCCCAAGAAACGUUUAUGUGGUGGGAUCACUGCAGAAGAUUUUAUAACUUCCUUAUGACAGAUAACCUGAAAAAGAUUAUCCUCGCUCACAGGAAGGAGUUGUUUGAAGAUGCACAAAGCAAAAAGUCCAGUAACUUGAAAGAUGUAGAUGAAAGCAGACUGCACACAGUGACAUCUCUAAAUCAGAUUGACGAAAUUGUUAUGAGGAAGUUUCAUGGCUAUGAUUCUUUGAAGGAGUACUAUGAAAAUGAAAGUUGUGCGCGCCAUCUACACAAAAUUAAUGUCCCACUUUUAUUAGUGAAUGCAGCUGAUGAUCCUCUAGUGCACAGCAGUUUACUGAAGAUUCCACAGAGUCUUGCAGAGAAAAAAGAAAAUGCAAUGUUUGUUCUGUCACGGCAUGGAGGUCACUUGGGCUUCUUUGAGGGAGCUGUACUUUUUCCAGAACCUCUAACUUGGAUGGAUAAGCUGAUUGUGGAGUAUGUCAAUGCCAUUUGUCAAUGGGAAAAAAACAAGCUACAGUGUAUGAAGGCUGAGCAGACUAGCCCUAACGAGUGAAGUUUAUGCACAUGUAUUCUCAAUAGAAGGUGUCUCAGAUCUUUAUCUUCUGUGAAUGUCUUUUACAGGAGUUUGACCACUGUAAGAGAGAUGGAUGUCUACUGUAUUUUAAUGAAUGCUGAUAGGGUUCAAGACAAUCAUAAACCUGAAAAUAUUAUCAAGUACAGGAUUUUUUAUAGAUUUUCCGUGGUAAAACUGUGAUUUUUUUUUUUUUUACAUUUACCAGGGAGGUAGUAAUGAAUCUUUCAAGUUACUUAUAAAUUAGUUAUUUGCUUUAAUGGUUUUUGGAACAUUUUGAGUCUUGUUCCAUGUACUUCCUGAUCACAUUAACCAAAACUAGCCACUCCAGUAAUUGUACAUUCAGAUUUGUACUUUUUUGGCACUGUCCAGCAAAUUCUUUAGGACCCAUUCCAAUUUAUUUUGUUUUCUUUGAGAAGAUUGUGUGGUAGGGCCUUGUUGAAUGCUGUGGUCAAUCUCAAAUCAUGAUACAUUUUCAUUUCUGUGUACUAAGCAUCUUCAUAUCAUUCCUUGUUCAGGAGACUCUUCUUGCAUUCACUUGACUCAUGCACUGUUCACAGCAACUAGCACUUUAUUCCUUUUGCCUUGAUCUGGCUACCACUGGUAGUCAAAAAGUACUUUAGCCAUGUACCUUGCAUGAUUAUUAUUAUAUUUUUUAUUUCUUAUGUCACGUGCUGUCUUAUGUUAUUAUAUUAGUUCAGACACGUGACUUUAAGAGCAAUAAUGAGUUAGAAAAGGUAUAUUUAUUUGUAGGGUUUACCAUAUCAGCCACUUGUUUUGGGAUCAAAUGGAUACAUAUUUUGCCUUGAGCCUUCAAAAAUUCUGUUAUAGUAAACUGUGAUAAACAUGCACUGUUGAGUUUAUUGACAGAACACACAGCAAAAUUAUUAUACCUUGUUGUGUACUGCCUUCUGACGGUUGUGUCCGUCACCUCUCUAAUUAUCAGAUUGCAUCAAUGUGCACACAGUGUGCUGUCUUUAAAUUUGAUUCUUCUGUGUUCCAGCCAAAGAUUUCUAUAGGUUUGCAGAAUUAGCAGGCCAAAAUAAAUGUAGCUACAAGAAGAUGGGCAUUUGUUUCACUGCCACAGCCAUCACUAUUUAUUAUUUGGUAGUCUUUCUCAGAUACCGAGAUUUAUAUUAAAAUCGUUAGUCUGCUAAUGUUUGGCAAUAUAUUAAUACAUCUGAUGGUUACCUAAAUUUACCCCAACUGGGAAAUUAUGUCCAAUAGCAUGUGGCAGCUGGAUUAGUCUCCUCUCCUAUGUAAUCUGAGGUGAAUUCUAGGAUUACAGUUAGAAUACGCAAAUGCUGCUUUCAGGUCUAGAGACCUAUGUAUUCCUACAGGAUGGCUCAUAAAAAUUUCAACCCACUUAAACUGCUAGAUUUGGUCAAUUCUGAAUCUUUUUUGAAAUAGGGUAGGGAAACAUUUUAAGAAUUAUCUAAUAAUCACUUAUGUUUUACAUUCCAUAAGGAUGAGCAAGACUGCAGGACCUGGAUGUGUUGCCUUGCUGUGGUACCUCUGUCAUGGUUGGCAGUGCAUAGUGUGUGUGUGCACAUUUUAACAUGCUUACAUAGUAUGAAAGUAGUUAACAUUCUAAGGACAAGUAGUGCAUGCAUGAAAAAGAGCAUCUCAACCAAGUAACAACUCCCAAAAAGAAACAAUUUGCGUUUGCUUGUCAUUGUGAGGGAACAGGUCCUUACUGUGCUCACUAAAGCCAAAAACACAGCCUCCAUGGGUCCCAACAACAUUCCAGGAUGCUUCUUAAACAGCUUAAAACAGAAUCUGUCAGAGCUGCUAAAAGCCAUAUUUAACUACAGCCUUCAGGCGGGCUUUGUCACAGAGGAAUAGAGAACUGCAAAAGUCAUCCCUGUGCACAAAGGGGGAGGGCCCUAACUGACACAAAGAACUAUAGAGCCCAUAAGCUUGACUAAUGUUAUCUGCAAGGCCAUGGAGAGAAAUGUCAUGGACCUGAUCAGUAACGACAUAGGAAAUCUCCAAACACUGGACCAGGCCCAAUUCGGCUUUAUCAAAGGGAGGUCUUCCCUGCUCAAUCUGGUGGACUUCUUCAAGAAAGUCACCAGGUGCAUGGAUGAGGGUAAAAUGGUACACACUGCUUAUAUAGACCUGGCCAAAGCCUUCAGCACAAUCCCCCACUCAGGGAUCAUAGGUAAACUUAUUGAGUUAGGCAUAAGCGCCUAAUUGUUAGCUGGAUAGCAAACUGGCUCACUAACAGUACACAUGUUCAGAUAGGUGAAUCCACUUCUGAUAAGAAACCUGUUGUUAGCGGUGUCCCACAGGGCUCAGUUUUGGGACCCCUCAUGUUUGGUAUAUACUUCUCUGAAAAGCAAAAGGAAGACCACUGGCUCAGCC